CCGGGAGCGCUGAGACAGGAACGAGCGCUUAUUCUGGACUCACGCGCAGAGCCAGGAGGGAGUUCCGUUUCCGGCCUGGUUUCCGGUUUUUGGCGUUCAGUAGUCGCGGUUGGUGGGCAGCAACUGAGCCAAGAUGUUGCGGAAUCUGCUGGCCCUCCGUCAGAUUGCCCAGAGGACCAUCAGCACUACUUCACGAAGGCAUUUUGAAAACAAAGUUCCAGAGAAACAAAAGCUGUUUCAGGAGGAUAAUGGAGUGCCAGUGCAUCUGAAGGGCGGAGCAUCUGAUGCCCUCCUCUACAGACUCACAAUGGGUCUGACAGUUGGUGGAACAGCGUAUGCCAUCUACAUGUUAGUUGUGGCUGCAUUUCCCAAGAAGCAGAACUGACUUCAUCAUCCCAGUCUUCACAUGGUUCAGUUUCAUUCAGCGCUUGAUGGACCAGGAAUCUGAUGAGUAACUGAGCUCUUCUUUGGGGAUCAAUAUUUAUUGAUGUGUACUAACUGCCACCAAUAAAGCAGUCUUGACCAUG